AUGGAUGUGGCACCAUUUGAAGGGGUGCCUCUUGCACCCAAGGGCGCGACCCUUGCCGACUUUGACGCCUACAUUGCCGAGACCAGAGCCCUCCUCGAGACCCAAUAUCCGCGGCAGACCAUUACCAACGAGAUGCUCGUUGUUGCCAUACAGACUCGAGCCCGCGCCGAGCUUGACGCCAUGGAGGCUGCAGAUGCGGAUCAUGACCCAGCUACAGACGAAGAUCUCGAGAUGGAAGGUGUCAUCCCUGACAACGACAUCAUCAACGACUCUCUCGCCUACGGCCCUGAGUCUCAGCCUUGGCGUGACGCCGCAGAGGUCGAGUACCACACUCGAGAGCACGCGAAACGUGUGUGCCGCAGUGACCCCUUUUCCUCCAUCCGGCGCAGCAUGGGAGGCAUGCGCGUUCGCUUCAGCCUCAUCGAGUCCCUUUGCCAGCACGUCGAGCUUGCUGUCGAGCUUGGUGGUCACCUCGCGCCAAGGGACGUCCUGUCCCUCUUCUCCGUCAGCCGCACCUUCCACAGUGCCAUCAGUGCCGUCAUGACCUCGACUCUCCGCAUGUGGGUACGUCGGCACGCUGCCGAGAGCGGUGACAUCUUCUCUUUUCGGCUCUACCGCCACCUCUGCGUCCGAGACCCCGCCGGCCGCACCAACGCCUUCGGCUCCAAGCAGUUCGAUCCUUUCGACGCCGUCAUGGCCCAAGUCCGCCAUGUGCCCUCUUUGAAGUGGUACCAGAUGGAAGUGCUCCGCGAGCGUUGCGUCAACGAUAUUGUCGACGCCCUCGAACAAGGGGGCCAGCAGCUGCCCAUUGGUACCGAGCGCAGUCUCAAGAAGAUGUGGCUUCUCAUGGACGUCGCCACGACAAAAGGCCGCACCACCAUGAUCGGGAACGAAGCUCUCUGGACCCACGCUGACCUCCACAAUAUUCAGUUCUUUCUCACCAAGCUUGGCAUGCACUUUCGAGAUCCCGUCUGGGCCGACCCCUUCAUGAACACCCUUGUCAAACUCCUCUUGGGUCAGCGCACCCUUUACAAGCUCUGGCUCAUACUCACACGCCGCGGCCUCACGGAGCUGCGAGACAUUGUCAAGCUCAAAGUUUGCUACGACUACCUGCCCGUCCACGAACAGUACCGGCGCGCUCUCUUCGGGGAGAAGGUCUUUGGCGUCCCUGCACACGAGGUUGGCGUCCUGCAUCUCGAGGCCUGGGGUCGCGGCACAGGCCAUCUUCAACGCCCGGAUGAGCUCAUCCGCACCGAGGCCGCCCGCCGCGGCCUCGACAUUGACCGUCACAUUAUCUACAUGAUCCUCUGGGGCCAGAAGAGCAUACCUGAGGAUGGUUUCCUGGACGAGGACGAGCUCCCGGACGCGGACAUCAUGGAAACCACCACGUGGGGCCGAGCUCUCCCAGCUCCAGCGCGCCGACCUCCUCAAGGAGAACCUGGACACCUUCCGCUCCGAGCGACAGUACCUUUUUGCGCGCCAGGCACGCCUCAGCCGUAUCGCCCGCAUCAACGCCGCUGUGCAGGCCGACAUGGUCGGCGGCGGCGGAUCUGCAAGCAGCGCACCAACCAUCAACCCCGACGACGGCAUCGAUUUCUCCGCCCUGCCCACGGAAGACGACCCCAGGACGCCAUGCGACGUACCGACCGCGUUGAUGGCGCGCAGUCCGACGACGACGUGCGGCUGUACAUUUAUGGCGUCCUGUUCGGCUCAGGCCUCGCCGACGAGGACCAAGAAAUCAGGGCUGACAAGGCGUGGGUCGACUGGGAGAGCGAGGACUCGGACCCGCAGUGGCUCGAGUACGUCGACGAGAUCAACGCCCCUGACGACGAGAGUUUUGAGCAAUUUGAUGAUCUCGAGCUCUAUGAGCGGCAGGAGGAAGGUCAUGGUGAAGAUGAAGACGACAGCACGGCUCCCGCCCUACAUCCGGAGUUGACGGACGAUGGAGACGUUGACUGGAAUCUGUACGACGAUCUGAGCAAUUCAAAUACCCCGCCCGAAAUGUGA